CUGGUUGUGGCUUUCACGAGGCAGGCACGCCGCGCGCUCUCGAUGAGCGUUCCGCUCCGCUCGCACCAUUCCGUGUUGCCGUACCGUCCUGUCGAUUUCGUCAUACGGCGCGUCUCGCUCGACGGCGCGUCGCGGAGCAUCGGUACGCCGUGGCGGCCUGGAGCGUGCGUUUCUCGCGUGUGGGAGUGCCCCUCGCGUCGGGUAUAACGCGCGUGCCGUGUCGCGAGCUGUCAAACGGGAGACCGGCGCGUUUUCGCGCGGAAUCGAAACGCGACCGGGGAAAAAAGCCGUCACGUGCACACGCGGAGUGGUUUUGCCGGCGUGGCCGCCACCCGCCCCGCGCGGCAAGAUUUGCAUCGCGCGAAAUAUGAACGGCGCAACGUGGGACAAUUCGUAACGAGUGCUGUGCGGGUGUUCUCGCGUGCUGCGGCCGUAAAUAUAUCUACGAGUACGAACGUCACGUGGCUGCCACGAUGCUCUGGCGACUCGUGAUACUGCUGUUCGUCGUCGCGCGGCCAGCCGCGGGUUACUUCAAUCUCUUCCUCGGCCACGCGGAGGUUCGCAAGCUACUGGGACUGAAUGGAGAAUUAUACUACGUCAGGGACGGCGUCGUAAACAAGUAUGCUAUGGGGUUCGUUGUUCCUGUACCAGCGUUAAUUCACAAGCUCCACUUCACAUGGGAAAAUCUCGCUGGUAGACCGUUGCCGUACACGAUGUCCGUGGAUAUCAAUAAUCCUUCGGUACUGAGCAGUUCUCUGAACAUCUCCCACAUCGGCGAGAUACCUCUCGGCGGUUUGAAAACAUGGGCCUUAUCGUUGCAUUGCGGGCCGUACGACGUAGAGGUCGACUUCAGCCUCCGAAUAAACGUCUCGGUACCGAGGAACGUCACCACCUUGGAGUUCAAGCGAAAAAAGAUUUGCAUGAAGAAAGAGAGCUACACCGAGCCCGAGGAGGUCCUAGUCGCUGCCUCUGACUCCACUUCCGGCGGUCAGAUUUUCUACGUGGCAGUUGGUUGCGCGUGUGCGUUUAUGGCGGCUAUUUUCGUCUUGAUUAUGGCCUACUACGUGCGCGAUAAGAAGGCCAGAAGACAUCGAGAUCCUUUACAAUUUAGGAAUUGCAGGGAAUCGAGGGGACUCAGCUCGGCGUGCAGCAUGGAAAGAGGCACUGGUGUGGGACCUGCGCAAACUUUUUUGUCGGAAACACCUCCGCCUACCUCCGCUGCGUCAGGAUCAACUUAUAGAAGACUGGACGAGCGUCCUAAUAGAGAACUUCAUGAAAGAAUUCAGGAAAUCACCGUACAAAGAUGCAGGGUGCGUCUGCUCAGUAUUGAAUUGGAGGGAACAUUUGGGCGCGUGUAUAGGGGCAGUUACCAUGAAGAAGGUUCUUCAUCUCCGAAGGACGUACUGGUGAAAACUGCUGCCGAGCACGCAUCCCAAUCGCAAGUGACACUUUUACUGCAAGAAGGUUUCGCCUUGUAUGGACUCAGUCAUCCAGCAUUACUUCCGGUCCUCGGUGUUUCCAUCGAGGACAGAAGCGCGCCUUUUCUGCUGUAUCCACACACAGGCUACAAAAAUAUGAAGAGAUUUUUGCUGAGGUGCAAGUUCAGUAACGAAGGACCUCCGAGGGCUCUUACUACGCAGGAAGUCGUCGAAAUGGCACUCCAAGCAGCCAAAGGUGUACAGUACCUCCACAGAAAGAGGAUCAUUCAUAAAGACUUGGCCGCCAGAAAUUGCGUGGUGGACGAUGAUUUGAGAGUACAGAUCACGGAUAACGCCUUGGCUAGAGAUCUGUUCCCGCAGGAUUAUCACUGCCUGGGCGACAACGAAAAUCGCCCUAUCAAGUGGCUGGCGAUAGAAAGUUUACUCAAUAAAACUUUCACUACAGCUACUGACGUGUGGGCAUUCGGCGUUUUAUUAUGGGAGCUAACGACGUUGGCGCAACAACCUUAUGGAGAAGUGGAUCCAUUUGAAAUGGCGUCCUAUCUCCGAGAGGGAUACAGGUUGGCGCAACCGAUAAACUGUCCAGACGAGCUAUUCGCAGUGAUGGCGUACUGCUGGGCGAUGUCAGCGGAAGAGAGGCCAACAUUUAGUCAAUUAAUUAUCUGUCUACAAGAUUUUCACACUCAAUUAACGCGAUAUGUCUAAUUGGGCGUGCUGACUGGCUGUAAAAUAGAACUGAACUUCUCGCUAUUAAGAUUUCUCCAUUGAAUUUCUAAACAUAUCAAAAAUUUUAUUCGAGGGAUCCUAUUGAGACUUUCAAUGUAAGAACGCGUGUAUAUAUAUCAUUUUAGUACUUAGAUAGUUCUCGUAUAGUUUUAAGCGUUUUUAUAGCAGUCAUGUAUAGGUAAAUGUAAUAGAUUCUAAUUUAAUGCAUAUAUAUCACUUUUCUUUUCAAAAAUUGUGCAAUUAAGUAGAUCGCUUAACUAAGAAGCAAUUGACAGGUCAAAAUCGAAAUUUGGAAUAGAAAUUUAGAAUCUUAUUGUUAUCGCGAUUUUCAUAUAAAAGAUUCCAAAAUUUCGGCCACACAGAAAUACAUGUAUAUUUCUAAUAGUGAUACAUCAAGGCAUCGUGUAUAGUAAAUGAGCACAGCAUGUAGAAAUCGCGUGAAUUAUUCAUAUUGUAAAAGUUAAGACUGAACUCCCCCUCACUGUUGCGCCACGUGUUCGGCGCUCGUCCGACCUGUGUCACCCGUGAUUACCAAAACCGGCGAACGUACGUCAUCGUGCACCGCCAGAGAGUCCCAUUUUCGGAAACUUGUACUGCCGAUGGUGAAAACGGCGAAUCUGAGCCAUGUGAUACGCGCUUCGCUUGCCUACGUAUGUAAGUGUAAUUUCGAGUGUGCCAAUAUAAUCCUUCCUUUCUUUUCUCUUUUGUAUUUUUGUAAAUAAUAUAUUUUUACGCCGUGUGCAUAUAUGUGCGUUAUCGAUGAGUAUACGAAUCGCGCCUGGAAAAGAAAGAACCCGUUGUACAUAAUUAACAUUUUAGCGCGCGAGACUAUAAUUGUACAUACAGGCGUUUCGAGCCCAAUAAAUUUCUAUCUAUACGAUACAGAA